AUGAGUGCGCCCGAGUCGUACCAGCUCGAGUCCCUCGCCUCGGAUGCGGAUGGCAUCAAGCCCGCAUCGCCGACGGCCUCCAUCGACCCGGCCAACGUGCGGUGGAUGAACCAGGGCGACCGGAGAUGGGAAGUCUGCAAGAUCGUGACCCGUCUCAUUGGGACGCUGCUAUGCGCUAUCAUCCUCAUCAUCAUGAUGGCAUGGUACGGCCAUACGCCGUGGGAUGGCGAUGGAGUCUGGCCUUGGCUGUGUCUGCCGGGAGCUUUGCCGUCAUUCAUGUGGGAUCUGGGAGAGUUCCUCACCAUCUGCGCUCGCCACGGACGCGGCAUUACGCCAAAGGCUCAUAUUGGCCUGGAACUUAUCAUUUCCAUACUCGGCUACAUUGGCGGAGGCUGGCUGGCGUUCCAACUAGGUAUCCAAGAAGACAACCAGGUAGGAAACAGCCCGUUGAACCUCGCCCUCGUGGCAUGUAUCUUCAUGCUCCUCAGCGCAACUAUCCACAUGGCCCUUUUCAUCCGCGCCUGUAUAGAACGCAGCCGUGAAAUCCGCCGGCGCAGACCGCGCGUGAUGUACAUACCAGAAACAGGGCAAACAGUCUACGUCGUCGCCAAACCCUUUCCAAAACUACCGACGUGGAAAUCCCAACAGUCCGCACGCGCCCAAACCUCCCUUCGCUCACCGCAGAGCCCGCUCAGCAACUCCUUGCGGCACCACUUUCAACAACUCCAAGAAGAGAUGCCGCCGCCAUUACCAGACCGGCCCGGCGACCAGUCCCCUUCGUCGGCGUCGUCCAUCAAGCGGAAACCCUUACCGGGCGGUCUGCCCGCGCGUACGUUCCCCGUGGGUGAUAGUCGGGAUCAGCACCUCCGGCCGAACAUGCGUCCUCCGCCGGCUGAUUACGAGCCUUCUGCGGAUGAGCUGGAGAGGAUGAGACGGGGCGAUGCGCAGCCUCAGCUUAUCUUGCCGGGAGAUGUGGAUUUCAAGUUUGCUACGAGCGUGACUGGUAUGACGCCGGCUGAUGCAAGCGCGAGGGAGGGCAAGUAUCGGGUGAAUAUGACGCAGAUGCCGAUGAUGGGGGAGUCUUCGAGGGGUGGGAGUGCAGGUAGGACGAGAUCUAUCUAA